CGUACGUGACUUCCGCCAUUUUGAACUGCAGACACUAACGCCUCGUGAAUAAAAAAUACUGCCUUAGAUAUUCUCUGUGGAAGUAAAUUUUACUGAAAAAUAAAAUGAGUGUGGCCAGUUAAAGUGAAUAUUGAAGUGGAAUGGCUGUGUGGGUCAUAGUGAUCGUCGCGUGCGCCGCAGUGGCUGCUACCAACAAAGACGAGAUGCAUUUCCAAGAAAACCGUCGGCUGGCGAAGGCCACGGUGGAAGCGCUACAGGACUCCAAGUUCGAUGAGGAACUGCUCUUCGAUCUGAAGAAGGAGAACCAGGUGUACCUCAACCGCACCAUGUCGCUGGUCAUCAAAUAUAUUGUUAAACGCGAGGUAGACAACUACCGCUCGAGGCGAACCGAUGCCAUCAGCCGACGGAUUUAUUCGUCUUUGAUUAUGAAGCUCAUCGAUAUUGCUAAGGACCUCCCCCGCAACACGACAGCACAAGCCCGCAUAGACACAGCACACCGCUACUACAUGUCAGUAGAGAGCAGGGACAUGCACGACCAGAUGGCAGACGUGCAGGUGUUCCACGCGUGCGCGAGGCUCUACGAUAUCAUGUUCACUGCGCCACGAAUCAUAGCCCAACUGGGUAAACUGGACGACUUAACGCCCAGGAUACUGGUGCGAAAGCUGAAGGACAUGGAGAUCAAGCCCGUGCAUCUCGCAAUCGCCUUACUUAUACAGUACCAUCUCCGCCACACAGUGAACUUCGCGAUCCACUCCAAGUCCCUCGACGUGCUGUCCACCAAGCCGCAGAUGGUGGGUCCUGAAGUGAUCGACAUGCUGAAGGCGCUGGCUGCCAGGAUGCUGCCCAUUGCUGAGCUGCUGGACAUCCACCUGGCGCACUCCAGCCCUGCCUUCAAGGAUACAUGUCCUAGCACCUGGCUUGGCAUUGUGAAUAAUAAACAGCCUUGAAGUUUA